AUGUCAUCAGCAGCCUACAACGCUCACCUCCGGCAACUGAGACCGGCUCUACAGGCGGCUAAGGAGGCUGUGGCCGCUAUGGACAAUGACAUUCUCGAGUACGAGCAGGUCGUCAAGGGCCUGAAGCGGCUAGAGGGCGUGUCCGGUGAAGGUGCCAGCGAACUCGGAGCAGGCAUCUGGGUCGACACUGCAGUGAAGCCAACGGACGCCAGCCCAUCAACAUCGACCGUAACCCUCGACCUCGGCCUCGACAUUCAUCUCCCGCUUUCCAACGCCGACGCACGCGAUUACGCUGCCAAGCGAGUAGAGGUGCUCAAGAAGAAGCGUGCCGUGCUCGUUGGCAGGGAAGAGCGGAUCCAGUGGGAAAUCGAGCAGUUCGAAGGAGCCGUCAAGGAAGCCAUGGCGCGCGAAUCGGGUCAACCGCAGCAGCAGACCGCCUGA